AUGGUGGCCCUCCUGCUCCUGGUGGCCCCGCUGCUCCUGCACACAGGGCUUGCUCUGGGAUCAAACUUCGGUUAUGUGGAGUGGUCUGACAACGAAAAGGACGAGAAGAAUCCACCGGUCUUCAGCACGCAAAACAUCAACAGGGAGCCGCCCCACCACCCGACCUUCUACCCAGUGCCAUCCACCGAGCGCACGGUGGUGGCGCACAAGAUCGAGGAGGACCUGCCGCGGGUGGUGACCGCUUUCCUGCACACAGGCGACCCCUCGGCGCUGAGACAGGUGAACUGCUCUCGGAGGUACGAGCUGAGCAGCCUGCGGGGCGGCCUGCACGUCGCCUCGCACUACUCCCUGCACAGCAUCCUGGACACCGUGGCGCACGCCACCAACUUCCUGAACGCGAUCCUGCAGGCCAACAGGUCCCGGGAGCAAACCCUGCGCAGGGACAUCCACUGGUACCACGCACUGGUGCAGAGCAUCCUCGAGGGGGACCCCAAAAUCCACAGGGCGGUGGUGACCUUCCACACCGACGCUCCGACGCCGGGCCCCCACUUGUUCCUGCAGGCGACGAGGACCGAGAAAGAGGUGGUGCUGCGGGACCUGUCCAGCUCUGCGCACCGGCAGAUGAGGAGCAGGAGCCAGGAGUCCGACUGGUUUAACGAGUUCAGGGACGGCAGGAGACCGCAUUCGCACAGAAGAGUCAAAGAGAGUGGAAGUUACCUUCUGGACAAGAACCAGAUCAAGUGGUCGGCACCGUAUCUCGAGUGUGAACACGGGGCGUUUGUGCCCUACUGGCUCCUGACCCUGUCUGCUGGCUUCUAUGGACUGAAGAACAACUCUGCUCCGGAGUUCAGAGGUGUCGUUCGUGUGGACGUGAACCUGCAGGACGUGGACAUUGACCAGUGCUCCAACAGUGGCUGGUUUGCUGGAACUCACCGCUGUAAUCUCACCAGUAUGGAAUGCAUGCCCAUCGGUGGCCAUGGAUUCGUUUUGGACAAGUACAAGUGCCAGUGCAGGAGAGGAUUCUACCACCCACGCAGAGUGGCCCUCAAUGGCUUUAAAAGCAAGGAGCUGGGCUCUCACAGAGAUGAGACCUCGGAUGUGUCCAACAAGUGCCUGCCGUGCCGCAAGGGUUGCCCCUACUGCCGGGAUGACACGCCCUGCCUGGUGCUGGAGGACGGGGCUCUGCGGCUCGCUGUGGCCGCCUUCCAGGGUCUGUGCAUGGUGCUGGCCCUGGCGUGCAUGGUGGUGGUCUACCACUUCAGGAGGAAGAAGAGCAUCCGCACAUCUGGUCUCGUCCUGCUGGAAGCCAUCUUGUUUGGGGCGUUACAGCUCUACUUCCCAGUGAUGAUCCUGUACUUCCACCCCAGUGUGUUUCGAUGUGUCCUCCUGAGGUGGGUCCGCCUCCUGGGUUUCGCCAUCAUGUACGGCACCAUCAUCCUCAAACUGUACAGGGUAUUAAAGGUGUUCCUGUCCCGCACAGCCCAGAGGACACCCUACAUGACCAGCUGGCGUGUGGUGCGGCUGCUGGCGGUGAUUCUCCUGGUGGUGCUGUGGUUCCUGGUGGCCUGGACCUCGGCCGUGUGCCAGAACCCCGAGCUGAGUCAGGCCCUGAUCGCCGCAGGCCUCACCCCUGAGGGACUCCAGUUCAGCAUGUGCCUGGUGGACCGAUGGGACUACAUGAUGGCUGUGGCGGAGUUCCUGUUCCUGCUGUGGGGCGUGUACCUCUGCUACGCUGUGCGCACCGUGCCCUCGGCUUUCCACGAACCACGUUACAUGGCUGUGGCCAUCUACAAUGAGCUCCUCAUAUCGGCCAUCUUCCACAUCAUCAGGUUCUCUUUGGUGCCAGGACUACACCCUGACUGGAUGCUCAUGCUGUUCUUUGCUCACACUCAUCUGACUGUGACUGUGACUCUGGGUCUGCUGCUCAUUCCAAAGUUCCUGACCAAAGGGACUCAGGCCAGGGAUGAUAUUGCCACAGAGGCGUAUGAGGAGGAGCUGGACAUGGGAAGAUCUGGCUCUUACCUGAACAACAGCAUCACCUCGGCCUGGAGCGAGCACAGUCUGGACCCGGAGGAUAUACGGGAUGAGUUGAGGAAGCUCUAUGCUCAGCUGGAGGUCUACAAAUGCAAGAAGAUGCUUGCAAACAACCCACAUCUCCAGAAGAAACGCAGCUCCAAGAAAGGCCUGGGCCGUUCGCUGAUGAAACGGAUCACAGAGAUCCCAGAGACCAUGCACAUGCACCGCCAGUGUAGCCGCGAGGACGGCAGCGAGCACGGCAGCAACCGCAGCACCUUGAAGAGGAACCCGUUUGAACCGAGUCAUCACGGAAAAGCUCGGGAGGACUCCCUGAAGAACAAAGUCAUGGGCUUGAAGAAAUCUCUCAGCUAUGAUCACGUUUGUGACCAGGAUGAAGAAACUGGAAGCCAAACUGGCUCCACAGCAGGAGACAAAAUGACUCCUGUCGGAGGUGGCGGGGAGGGAUCCCUUCUGGGCUCCCUCAUUGGGCGCAGACACGCCAAGAAGCAGCUGGAACCCGCCCUGACCCCACCGAGACUGGAACCGGCCGAGUCCACCGAGUCUGUGCCACUGUUCUGGAAGUCAGCCAGCGCUCACAACUUGACGCACGAGAAGAAACCCGUCCACCUGCGCACCUCCAUCAUGCAGAAGUCUCUGAGCGUGAUCGCCAGCGCCAAGGAGAAGAUGCCGGGGCUCAACAAUAAGACGCAGAGUGUGGAGGACGCCAGUAAGAAGGGCCUGAAAGGACAAGAAGGCAGCAUGCUCUCUGAGGUGGACGAGACGCCUGAGCAUUAUCCCAAAAUGAUCAUCAGCCAGUCGGUGGAGUACUCCAAGUCCCCCAUGAAGAUGGGCAUCAUGAAACAACAGGUGAGCGGCAGCCAGCCGUCCAUUUGCUCUGAGAUUGGGAAGAACCUUUAUGACGUGUCCGAGGUCUGUCCAUGGGAAAUGGAGGAAGCAGAGACGCCCUCUGAAGGAAAAACACAGAAGCAUGUUUCUAUCGCUCCCGGAGAAACCACCGGAGAAACGCGCCGGAGGGGCAGCAGCAGCAGCUCUGGAAUCUCUAAAGGUAGCCGGUCCCAGCAAAGGCAGAAAGCAGGGCAGUCGCCUUCCAACAGACGUCGCUCCAAAGAUAAAGGACGAGAAAAAGAAGAAGGAAGGGAAAUGCGGAAUGCUAGGCCACCCAGGUCACCUCUGCCCCUCAAACUGGAUGUGUGCCCCUGGGACUUUGAUGACCAGCCCAUGCUGGGAGGAGAUUCAGAUUCCAUCUCCCCAGACAGGAUCAGGCGGAAGAAAAGCGUCACCCCCACAGAUGGGAAACACAAGGGCCUCCACUCAGACCACUCCAAGUCCACAGGAAGCCUUUUACAGCCUCCCUCGCUGAUGGUAGAGAUCUGCCCUUGGGAUUACAACAGCCCGCCGUCCCCUAAACAGGAGAAGACCUGCAACAGCCCCACGACGCACAAGAAGAAGCGGAAAGGCUCCUGCUCGUCCAACCACAAGGCAGAGAAGGGGAGGGAGAAAAGCAGAGAAAGGCGGAGCUCCUCCAGCAAGCCGCCAUCAGAGAGGAGACGGGUCAGCCAGUCGUCUGAGUGCAGCGGGCCGGUGUCUGAGCGGCGAAGGAGCUCCACCAGAGACCCAGAGAUGAUUGAGGCCAGGAGGGCGGAGGUUUUCUCCCAGGAGAGCGAGUCCAGGAACACCAGCUUUGCUCAGAAAACUAAACCCUCACCAGAGAGGAAGAAGGAGAGCUCUAGUUACAAACCUGAAGUCAUCAGCGGAGCCCAAAGGGCUGAUGUUUGCCCGUGGGACUUUGAGGGGCAAGACUCAGGGGAGAGGGCAUGA